AGGCGGCCCUCAAGAAGUUGCAACAGUAUAUGCAAAUGUUAACCGCAUCUUAUUAUUCGUCGAAGUGGUACAUCUAAAAUGGGGAGCGUCAACCAUCUGUUGUUAUUGGGGUUUGCAGUACUUAUGGUCACACAGUCCUAUGCCAUCCUUCACCCUGGCGGAGUCUAUGUGUAUAUGACCAAUCACCCCAAGUCUGUGGACCACUAUGUCUUCGUGCGUUAUGAGAUAGGCUCCGAGGCAAGGACGACCAAUUAUGAAAUCAGACACAAUGAAAAGGGCUGCUACAAUUUGACAAACUUUGUGGUGGAAAGUAUGGGAAGUAUGGGCAACCACGACUGGAUAGAGGUGACAUUUGGAAAAGAUUGCGUCGCGGGUAGGGCAAUAGUUGAACAUCGUCUGACGGAGGAGGAGUCGUUCAGCGCGAUUAAUGUAUACUGGUACAACAAGUACUCUGAUGAUCCUGAAAACCCGCCCACGUGUAACCCCGUCAUGUACCGCUAUCACGUGAUCUUUACCCUGUCAAAGGAUCCCGCUGAGAAUGUGAAACAGAUGAUACAAAAAUAUGUGGAGGAGAACAACAUUAGAGGACUACGCAAAUACGACCCUGCUGAAUGUGACGUCUGAGAUCGGGGUUACAGAAGAAAGACAACUCUAGAUGCAGAGAAAUGCAUGAAAAUUCCGCAUUUUUUCCGCUUCUGCUUCUGAAAUUUUUUAAAUAUUACGCAGCCC